CUUAAAAUUUGUGCAUAAAAAUGGUGGUUACCUUCAAAGCUAAGUCACCACAAUGAAACUCAAAAUCAAUCAAUAACAAAGCAAAUAAACAUACAUUCAUUCAUAUAUUUCAUCUCAUAACAUGGGUUCUAAUUCUAAUACUAACCCUAAUCCAAAAAGCCUAAUCACUAAUUUACUCUUCAUUUCACUUCUAUUAUUCACAAACCUUAUAACACUCUUUCUUUCCACCACCUAUAAUUCCUCCACGUGUACUCCAGAUUUCACAACCACCACAGCCACCACCGUCGAAGACGGUGGCAGCGUCAGCAACCUCCCACCGGAAUUCUUUGCCUCCACAUCACCACAAAAACUGCCUCUAGGCUUCAACAGAAACUUCAACUCCGACACCGUCUACCCUCCCGCCGGCAGCGCUUGCACUCUCUUCCCCGACGAUCUCCGCAGUUUCAUGUCCUAUGAUGUGAACGGAUCUUGUCCGGACGACGAGCUUCUCUCUCAAAGACUUCUCUUAAAAGGCUGCGAGCCUCUCCCUCGCCGCCGUUGCCGACCGGCAUCGCCACCAAAUUUCCCGCCACCAAUCCCCUUUCCUUCCAGCCUCUGGUCCACACCCUCAAAUUCCUCCGUGGUGUGGACCGCUUACACGUGUAAAUCUUACACGUGUCUCAUCGAUCGCUCUCGCACGCAAAGAGGCUUCGAUGAUUGUAAAGACUGUUUUGACCUCAACGGCCGCGAAAAGCAUCGUUGGACAAACCCUAAAUCCAACGGUCUAGAUUUCAGCAUCGAUGAUGUUCUAAAAACCCGUGAACCCGGUACAGUUCGAACCGGUUUAGACAUAGGUGGUGGAGUUGCCACGUUCGCAGUUCGAAUGAAAGAACGAAACAUUACAAUCAUAACGACGUCGUUAAACUUAAACGGUCCUUUUAAUACUUUUAUAGCUUCAAGAGGGGUUGUUCCUUUAUACAUGAGUAUUUCGCAACGGUUUCCAUUUUUUGACAACACUUUGGAUAUUGUUCAUUCUAUGCAUGUUUUGAGUAAUUGGAUACCUGAAACUUUGCUUCAUUUUUUGCUGUUUGAUGUUUAUAGGGUUCUUAGGCCAGGUGGGUUGUUUUGGUUGGACCAUUUCUUUUGUGUUGGGGAUCAAUUAGAUAAUGUUUAUGGGCCUAUGAUUGAAAGUGUUGGGUUUAAGAAAGUUAAGUGGGUUACUGGGAAGAAGCUUGAUAAGGGACCCCAAUUUCAGGAAAUGUACCUCUCUGCUUUGUUGGAGAAGCCAUUCAAGGAUUCUUGGUGAAUAACAAUGUUUUAAAAAUUGGUAUUGGCUUGGGACAUGCGAUUGUACUCCAACAAUGUUUUAAAAAUCGAGCCAGAAUUGGAUGGUUCAAUACGUGAAUUCGGAACUGUUUAGAGUUUAGUUAAUUGAGAAGUUUGAUUGUAGUUUUGUCUUAUUUCGAACAAUUUGAAAUAGUUGAAUUAUAAUCGAAAGAUUCUACUAGUUUGAUAUCUGAUUUACGAGCAAACCCCCCCCCCCCCCCCCCCCCCCCCCCCCCCACCAAACAUAUGGUCUUUUGUAAUUUUGAACUCUUGUAUUUUUAGAGGUAUAUUUAUUUGAGGAUGAGUUCUUUUUAUGAUA